AUGGCGGACAAGCAGGUGCGGCUGCAGGACGAGGCUUCGGUGAGGGCGGGGGAGGGGGAGAGCCAGCACCACCGCAACAGCCAACACCAAGGCCAGCAACGGCAGCAAUAUGACAGGUCAAGCAGCGGCGACAAUCGAAUCGGCUUCGUAGAGUACUGGAGAGAGGAGAAGGAGAGCGAGCGGGCUGGGAGGGUGCAGUUCGUGAACGAGGGGCCGCCUCGUCAUCAAUCGUCGUCGUCUCCGCUGGAACGCGAAUCGCAGCCGUCGGGGGGAGGAGAUGAGGAACGGCAGGGUUCUUCAGAGUCAACAACGCCCGGCCUCACGCCCGCGGAAAAGGCCAAAGAGAAGGCCAAGCUCCGCCGUCAGCAGGUCCGCAAGGCCCAGAUCCAGCACCGCACGCGCAAGGCAAACUACAUCAAGCAGCUCGAGCUCGACGUCUGCAAGUUUAGGAACAUGAUCGCCGCCGCUGAGAAGGAGGUCCUUGCCUUCCGUCGCGAGAACGGGGGCAUGAGAGUCGCCCUGACCGCGCGUGGACUACAAGUUCCCGAGGAGACAAAGGUCAAGGACGUUGUCAUCGUCGACGAGUUGCAGAUCCGCGCGUCUCUGGAGCCCGAGGCAGUGGCAGAGAGGCAAGAGGUGUCGAUGGCGCCGGCGGUGGUGCAGCAGCAACAGGGUCUUCCCCCUGUUACGGCACAACCACAACAUUCCCAACAAUCGGAGCAGCAAGCACAAUUCUCGGCAGCUCCCCCGGAUCCUCAGAUGUUGUACCAACCUCAGACUCUGGACUACGAUCCGUACCCGCCGGUCGACCUUUUCGCAGACGUCAACAUGGGCGAGGUCACGGUCACGAUGCGCAAGGACGACGCCCUCGGCACGCCGUGCUUCCAAAUCUCGUCGCCGUCGGCCGCCAUUGCAUAUACCCAGUCUCAACCACCAGCACCAGAUCAGUUAUCUGCGGAACAGGAGAUCAUUGCCAUCAACCUCAUUCUCGCAAUGGAACACAUCUGCUGGAAUCACUUCCACCCCCGCCAAUUCCCCUCCCACGGCGACGCCUGCAAGGCCGCCUCGGGCCACACAAUGAUGGCCUCGACAAUGUGCAUGUCCAGCGCCCCCGCACGCGUCUACCGCACCAUUCGCCGCGGCGAGGCCGAGACCGUCUCGCACACCUGGCAGGCCGACACGGGUGCCGGCUCCGCCCUCUCUCUCAAAUCCCUCCUGGCCUUGGCAAAGACGCUGAACCCGGGCGACAUCGAGCUGACGCCCGUACAGGCGUGGUUCGAGCUCGCGGCGCGGUACGGCGCGGCGGCGCUGAUGCGGGACAGCGUUAUUGAAGCGCUCAAGAGGGAGUUUUGCGGCGUUGUGGACUGCAUUCACUUUGGCGCCAUUAUCGAGCGGGAUGCCUUUGAGAGCGUCGUUGCGAGGGUUAUGGAGCAGGUUGGCGUUCCUGAGCUCGAGUGGGAGAUGGAUGUCGAUGAGGGGGCGGCUGGGCCGGCAGGUAUGGUGUAUAAUGCGCAGCAGAUUACUGCUUGA